GGGCAGGAUGGAGUAGGUGGUGCUACAAGGGAGUGGCCAUAGCCAGGGGUUCAAGGCCAAUCGCCUGGCUCAGUGAAAUCCUCAAAUCCUAGCAGUUUUCUGGUGACUACUGACUUUAUGGAAAUGAGACUUCUGUCCCUCCCUCAGAGCCAGAAGCUACCUUGAAGAACCAGUUUUUCAGCUCUAAGCAAAGCUUAUUGAUAAUCUUUUAAAGUAAAACAGGCAGGGUUGGGGAUGUGGCUCAAGCAGUAGUGCGCUCGCCUGGCAUGCGUGCGGCCUGGGUCCGAUCCUCAGCACCACAUACAAAGAUGUUGUGUCCACCAAAAACUAAAAAAUAAAUAUUAAAAAAUUCUCUCUUAAAAAAAUAAAGUAAAACAGGCAAAGGAAGUGGUGCCAAUAAAUUAUGCUUAAGGCAAGAGCUUACAUACCUUCUCUGUCCAUUGCCUUCUGUAAACAGAAGACACAGGAACUGUCUACACACCUGUUGCUUUUCUGUUUCACCUAUUUGCCUGUUCCUGUCAGUCUUCUAAAACUGAGGGCAGAAUGGCCUGCAGCUCAGACUGUCUGGCUUCCAUGCCCCACAAGGCACACCUCCCUUCAGCACCUGUGCUGUUCAGGUGCCACUGCUGUGCCAAACAGCAGAGCUGAGACAAGGCCAAAAGGGCAGAGCCAUCAGCUGCUUGUGUGUCAGAUCCUCAGGAGGCAUGCUCACUUUGGGAAGCCCACCUUCUGGUCUGGGCUGCCUCUUGCCAUUGACUUGGAGCAGCAGCAAAGAGACAAGGUUCCACACAUUCUCCCUAUCUUCUGCAGUUGCAUCGGGGCUGCAAUAGUGCAGCUGGGAAGCCAUGAUGAACCAUCAGGGGCUCUUCUCCAGCAGGUGGCAGGAUUACACGGCACUUCUUUUUAACAAACUGAAAAGACCACCUAUUCCCAAUGGUCAGUCAGCCUGUGUGAAGUGAUGGUUGGAGAGGAUUCUGGGAGGGAAUGUGGAGGUUUUCUAGGUAUCCGCCUGCAGUGGAGCAGCAUAAUCAGACACAACCCAAAGGGCUGCAGUUGUUAUUCUGAACAACUCAAAUGAUGAACUUGAAAUAUGAGCAGCCCCCUUGCAAGUCCCUUUCUCAUGCUGGGGUAGCAGGCUCAGGAAGACCAGCUGAGACUGCUCAGGGUAGGGAUGCUGACCAGGACAGCUGUGCUCUCCUUUCCUUAGCUGCCUCUGUUUGGCACAUGCCAGCCUCGAUUCCAGAAGCAGGUAUAGCAUGGCCACCUCAUCAGUGUCACAACCACAUAUCCAGAAAUAAGUCUUCCAAUUCCAGUUCAGUGAGGGGAGUAAACAAAAGUUCCCUAGACUGAGGAAAACUGUCCUUACCUCGGGUACUGCGAAGGCAGAAUGGUGAUGUCUGGAGCUGCACUUUACCAGUGUCCCCCAAACCAACCCAUCAACACAAUUAGGAACUCACAGCAGGGGAACAAAGGCAGGGCCACAGGCCUAGGGAUGAAGAGGUAUUAGGAAGUAGGUCCACUUGGAGGCCUCAGGUGCUUUAAGAAAGGAGAACUUAAUAGAUAUUAUUACCCCUAGGCUACUUGACCACAGGAGCAUGAGAGGGGGCAGGGGAUGAUCCAUGGGUUUCUUUAAGAGGGAAGGACACUCAGAGCAGAUGCAAUGGCUGCCUUCCACAGCAAAAACCUAUUAAAGUACAUAAAAGUGUUUUAUGCAGUGUUGUAUUAAGAGAUACCUCCUUUGUCCUGAUACUUUGGAAAGUACAAGCUAGAAACAGAAGGACACAUGUAAAAAAUAUAAGGCCAAAUGAACUAAAGCUGAAAGUAAAAGCCUUGGAAAGAUAAAAUUACUUCAGUUAAAUCUUUUAUGAAACAACUUGGUAAAAUUAGAGCCAUCUGGGAGGUUAAGGAAAUCUUCUUGUCCAGUGGAGGGCAGUAGGAUUUGAAGGCAGCUCAGUCCUACCUGGAAGCCAUCAGUCUACUGAACAAAAGUAACAGAAAAGAGGCAUGGCCUGUGGAUUCUGCUCCCAGCUUGGAAAGUACCACCAUUCUUAGCUCUGACAUCCAGCAGGCCUUUUUGUGGUAAAGGUGGAGCAAAAGACCUACACUGAUGUCCUACAAAACCAGUUAAUACAAACACUCCCUGCCAGUGGGUAGACUGCAAGCCCAGACAGAGCUGGUGUGGCCGGCCACCUCCAACGAAAAUGCCUUAGGAAAAACCAAAAGAACUCUGCUAAACACCAUUGUCAGCUAAAAGGAAAAGAAAUCCCUUUAAAGUAAACUAUUUAACUUCAAUAGGCUGCUUUUCUGCCAGAAUUUUUCAAUCCCUCUGAACAUAAGCCGAGCCACAGACUACUGCACGUAUGUCUGGAUCCUGGCUUUUCUUCCCCCCACCCCCACCGCCAAGAGCUUCAGGACCAGUUGUGGGCCAAAAAUAAACACCAUUCCUCAACCAUAUAUGUCCACCAGCCCUGAGCUGGGGAGGAGCAGGAGGAGGCAGGUCAGCCCUGGCUGGGUACACUCUGUGGAUGCCGUUCACCAUGCACAUAACCCAGCUUAACCGGGAGUGCCUGCUGCAUCUCUUCUCUUUCCUGGACAAGGACAGCAGGAAGAGCCUUGCCAGGACCUGCUCCCAGCUCCAUGAUGUGUUUGAGGAUCCUGCUCUUUGGCCUCUGCUGCACUUCCGUUCCCUCACUGAGCUUAAGAAGAACAACUUCCUUCUGGGCCCAGCGCUGCGCAGCCUGUCCAUCUGUUGGCACUCCAGCCAGGUGCAGGUGUGCAGCAUUGAGGACUGGCUUAAGAGCACCUUCCAGAGGAGCAUCUGUAGCCGGCAUGAGAGCCUGGUCAGUGAUUUCCUCCUCCAGGUGUGUGACAGGUGCCCCAACCUGGCGUCCGUCACGCUGUCGGGCUGCGGCCACGUCACCGACGACUGCCUGGCCCGCCUGCUGCGCAGUUGCCCGCGCCUGCGCGCGCUGCGCCUGGAAAACUGCGCGCGCGUGACCAACCGCACGCUGGCGGCCGUGGCGGCGCACGGGGGCGCGCUGCAAACGCUGCACGUGGACUUCUGCCGCAACGUGAGCGCCGCGGGCCUGCACCGCCUGCGCGCCGCCUGCCCGCGUCUGGUCCUGCGCGCCGAACACAGCGCGGCCAUGAUCCCCGACCAAGUCCCGCGCCCGCCAGCGUCGGGCACGGCUCUCCGCAAGCUGCUGCCUAGCUAGGCCGGCCGUGGCCCUGGGAGAAAGUACCUUGGCGUCAGAUCGUCCUGCUUUGGAGCCCGCCGCCGCGCCUUCUUGGCGUCAUUCUUCCCGUCUGCACAUUGGGGAUAAUGCCCAUCUACCUCACAUCAUGAUUUUAUAAAGAGGAUGAAGGCGAGAUUAAAGGACUGCAUGGCUGGAAAA